AUGAAGUUCGGUAAUUGGAAGAGAUUUAAAGAAGGAUUAAAGAAAGUUGCAGCACUAUUAGCUUCUGGUGCGAAAUUUGGUGGGAAUGUAAUUGAAAAAGCAAAACCACUUAUUUCUAUAGCAUCAGAUUUUAUUCCAGGUGGUGAAAUAAUUAAAAAAGGUACAGAAGUAAUUAGUAAAAUAGCAGAACCUACAAGUGAAGUAUUAAAUAGAAUAGCAUCAGGUGAAAAUGUUGUUGGAGCAACUAAAAGAUAUUUAAAUCAAGUUAAAAAUGAAAUACCAAAUGAUAUUACUAAAACAGCAAGUAAAAUUAUUAAUCAAGUACCUGAACAUAUUUCAUUAAAACCUAAAGGAAGAACAGGAGUAUCACCUAAAUCUGCUUUAUUUGCUAAAAGACUCAAUGCAGGAAAGAAAAUAACAGGAAUAGGAGGGAAGUUAUAUAAAACAACAGGUAAUAUAACAACUAAAUUAAUUCCUAUUUCAAAAGGAAUAGCAUCAUUUCUUCCAGGUGGUGAAACAAUAGGAAAAUUAUUAGAAAGAAUACCAAAAUGGUAUGAAACAAAUGGAAAAGCACUCACAGAAAUUAGUGAAGGAAAGAAAAUAAAAGAUGUUAUUAAAGAUUAUGGAAAAACACUUUAUAAUGAUGUUCUUUUAAAUAAAAAGAAUUUAUCAGCACUAUCACCUUAUGAACAAGAAAAACUAACACAAUAA